UUAAGCAAUAGCUUCUUGACUUAUACUCGUAUAAAUUUCUGUUAGAUUUUCUGCUACUAAAAUGUGGUCAGGAAUCUGUGUCAUCGCAGCUUCUUUCUGUAUGGUCUUGAUUGUUUGGUCAGCAGCAGUAAACGCAGACGACCCGGUUCCCGUGCCAUUGCCUCACAGCGACUGCGUACAAACACCCAAUGGAACCACUGUGAGGUGCAUUCGCAGUGAUAACUACAGUAUUCCGGGCAAUUUCGAUGUUACCUUAUUUCCCAAGGAAGUUAGGACCAUCCUCAUAGGCAGGCUGAGCUCCGUUGCUGUUGGACGAUCAAUGAAUACCAUUCACAAUGACGCCCCACCGUUACCGGCCGAUUUAAACGCGUUAACAGCCGUCUCAUUGUACCACUUCCAGGGAACGAGGGACGCGUGUCCCCUUCGAGGCCUUCUUAGUCAACGUCAAAGGCAGGCUCACUUCUUUACAUGUGAAGUUCAGCCGUAUUGGUACACUCGGCGCCAACUUCCUUAACGGAUUUAUUGACUUGCGGAACCUGGACCUUCAGGACAACGACAUCAGUCAGAUCGACCCAGCCGCUUUUCAAGGUCUAUCCAGUUUACCACUGUCAGGCCCUGCGCUGUUGGACACAAUCCAACUAAAUGAAAACCAAAUCACCGCUUUGGAUUGGGCAGUGUUCGCUCCGGUGGCUAACUCACUCGUAGAACUCGCACUGCAAAUGCAGAAAGUUCCUAAGCUGAGUGCAUUGACCUUAAGCCGACCCUACCAGUUCAGCCAGCUGUACCAUGUGGAUCUUAGUAUGAACUCGUUAAAUUUUUUAUCCCGUCCGAUUCUCGACACCCUACCCAUAACCAAUGAUUCAAAUAUUUUCAUGGCUAACAACGCUUUCUGCCCAGCGGAUACCAGCACAAUCUGUGCUUGUUGUGCUGUCAAGGACUUUGUCAGCUGGGCGCAUGAACUCGCCAACCGAACGGUGUCGCGACCGUUUUCAUUGAUCUUUACCUGUGGGACGGCCAGCACGACAUCGUACUGGUCCGUAGAGUCGGCUGGGGAACUCCUGCCACCGUUAGAACAGUAUGGAUGCUGCACCAAUCCGGCGGCGCAGGACUGCUUUCCUACCACAGCCACGCCCCGUACUACGGUGCGUACCACUGCUCGUACCACAGCCCGUACCACGGUCCGCACUACGCCUCGUGGCACACCGGCGCCAACCAAACCGACGGAAGAGGAUGAUGAUACAACAAAGCCGGUCAAGCCAGAAGGCCCUGGUGGUGCCGCAGUCACCGAUCAUCGUACAAGCGGAUCAAUGCUGAUGGGGUGGGGAAGUCACAGACGUUCGUGUCCCAGAACCCUGUCUCAAGAGCCGGAAUUGAUUCCCGUCCUAACCCAACAGCCUCCUGCUCCAGCCCCUUCUGCGCCGAUAACAGCAAACCCAACUGACGAUCAGGCUACAGGCAGACCAGCGCUGGUGAAGGAGCGAAUUACUCGCAGGGUGCCACACGGUGCCCGUCGGGCUGUGGCAGCAUCUUUCGAGAAAGCCAUCAAGAAUGCCGUGCACCAUAAUGAUGAACAGCACUGGGUAACGCUCCUGUCCUUUGCAUCGCAGGUUUUAGCUGUUCCAGAAAGCCCGGAUGGUGCUCGUAAAGUUUCCCUCGCCACUCUGAUGAAACAAGCGGUAGCGGAUUAUGAAAGCGGAACGAAGCGUCCCCUGUCACGUCGAAAGAAGAAAAAGCCCAAAAAGCCUAAAGAUCCCAACGGCGACCUAGUGCGACGUGUUGGAAUCAAGAUUGACGACGGUGAUUGUUCUGGAGCCGUUCGCAUUCUGAUGUCCACUGACGCCAUAGCCGAAACGUCGCGCGAGGUUCUGGAUAUCAUGGCGGACAAACACCCCCAGUCCCCCUUGCCUGACAGACCCGGAGUUACCGCAUCAACACCAUCAGUUACAGCGGACGAGGUACGUCAUGCAAUCCUCAGUUUUCGACGCGGAUCAGCUGCAGGACCUGACGGCCUAUUACCUCAGCACCUACUGGACAUGUUGGGGAAAGUUCAGGAUGAUGUCUCCGCUAGCUUUUGCAAAAGCCUGGCCCAGCUACUAGACAUUAUUAUCCAAGGUAAUAUUCCUGACUCUGUUCGCCCGUAUUUUUUUGGCGCAAAACUCAUCGCCUUGCGGAAGAAAGACGGUGGCCUGAGGCCAAUCGCGGUCGGUAACACUUUGCGACGGCUAACGGCAAAAGUCAUAUGCCGCCGCGUUAAAGGACGUUCGACAGCUGCUCUUCAGCCAAGUCAACUGGGGUUCGGUAUUAACGGGGGCGCCGAGGCGAUAGUCCAUUCCGCUCGGGAAUUCUUGAGCAGCGAUCCAGACCAGGUGAAGGUUCUUCUGAAGAUAGACCUAAAGAAUGCCUUCAACUGCAUUUCCCGCGCCACCGUCAUGGAAGUUGCGAGCGUUCACCUUCCCGAAUAUGCGAAUUACCUUUACGCCUGCUACGGCCAUUAUUCGGAACUGUACCUCGACGAUGAAGUUUUGUCAUCGCAGAGCGGCAUCCACCAAGGCGAUCCACUAGGUCCGCUUUUAUUUUCUCUGGGCAUUCUUCCAUUUACAUCCAAGCUCAAGGCAACCUUCAAUGCGUGGUUUCUCGAUGACGGUACACUUGGAGGGUCUGUCGAGACGGUCGCUGCGGACUUCCAGACUGUCAUCGAUACAGCACAUGCAUCCGGACUGAGCGUCAACAUGUCCAAGUGUGAGAUUUUUGUCUGUGGAGGGUCCUGCGUUGAACGGGAAGCAGCUGUGAAAACUUUCCUGGACCGUUUUCCAACUGUUUCAGUCGCUGCCCCAGAAAACCUUUGCCUUUUGGGUGCUCCACUGACGAAAAACGGUAUCACGUCAACCAUAUAAC